UUUCUGUCCCAACUGCCCGGCUGGCUGACUGGCUGCCUGUGCGUCUAUAGCUCCCCUCUCCCUCGGCUCUCACAUGCACACAGCACACACGCGCUCCCUCUCAUCUAUACACACACGCAGAGCUGAUCAGUGCAGCCAGCGCAGAGCCUGGUAAUUGUGUUGCUCCCUCCAAGUGGAAGGAAGGACUGGGAGAGAGAGAGAAAAAGUGGAAGAGCAGAGAAAGAAGAGGGGAAAGAGGAAACAUAUCAAAACUUUUAUAUUUUUAAACCUUUUUGCUGUUCUUCAGAGGAGGUUGAUGUGACAAUGACCCGGUAUCGCUGAUGGAGUCGGUAGGACACCCGUUAUCCGAGUGUUUUUUAAUGCACUCUGAACAAGAGUAGAAUGAACUUAUCCAAAGGGCCAUUGGUGAACAGCAGCAGUGAAGAAAACUCGAAGACAACAUAUGUUAAAUGCGGCGCUGGUGCCUGGAGGAUGCACCAGAGCUACGAUUCACUAGAAGCCAACCACAUGAGAGACGCACAUGCCCUCUACAACCCCAGGCUUUUCUGCAGAAUGUCCAGUAAGGAGCGCCACCUAGAGUCGAAUUGUCCGUCCUCUUACAUAAAGACUGAACCAUCGAGUCCUGCCUCUCUGACUGACAGUUUAAACCAUCACUCACCUGGUGGCUCCAGUGACGCCUCUGGCUCAUACUCGUCCACUAUGAACGGCCACCCCAAUGGCUUGGACUCCCCAAGCCUUUAUGGUUCCAACGCAGGACCCCUGGGACCUGCUGGAGGCCCAGGAUCGAAACGUUACGAGGACUGUUCAUCAACUAUUGGGGAAGAUUCACAAAUUAAGUGCGAGUACAUGUUGAAUUCCAUGCCGAAGAGGUUGUGUCUGGUGUGCGGGGACAUUGCGUCAGGGUACCACUAUGGAGUUGCAUCAUGCGAGGCCUGCAAGGCUUUUUUCAAACGUACCAUUCAAGGCAACAUUGAGUACAGCUGUCCUGCCACCAACGAGUGUGAGAUCACCAAGAGGAGACGCAAGUCGUGCCAGGCCUGCCGCUUUAUGAAGUGUCUGACUGUGGGCAUGCUGAGGGAGGGUAAGGGAAAAGGUGUUCGUCUGGACAGGGUCCGUGGUGGUAGACAGAAAUACAAACGCCGAAUAGAUGCAGACAACAGCCCGUACCUGAACCCACAGCUGGCUUUGCCCCCCAAAAAGCCGUUUGCCUUUGGCUGCCUUGCAGAUAACAAAAUCGUCUCUCACCUGCUGGUGGCCGAGCCGGAAAAGAUUUACGCCAUGCCUGACCCAACAGUACCCGACAGCGACAUCAAGGCCCUCACCACACUGUGUGAUCUGGCGGACAGAGAGCUGGUUGUCAACAUUGGUUGGGCCAAACACAUCCCAGGUUUCUCCACACUGUCUUUGGCAGAUCAGAUGAGCCUACUGCAGAGUGCAUGGAUGGAGAUCUUGAUUUUGCGUGUUGUGUACCGCUCACUCUCCUUUGAAGACAAACUGGUGUAUGCUGAGGACUACAUAAUGGACGAGGACCAGUCAAAACUAGCUGGCCUUCUGGACCUGAACAAUGCUAUUCUUCAGCUGGUCAAGAAAUAUAAGUCUAUGAAGCUGGAGAAAGAAGAAUUUGUCACUCUCAAGGCCAUUGCCCUGGCUAACUCAGAUUCCAUGCAUAUUGAGGAUGUGGAUGCAGUACAGAAGCUUCAAGAUGUGCUCCAUGAGGCUCUUCAGGACUAUGAGGCUUCCCAGCACCAGGAGGAUCCCCGCCGGGCUGGAAAGCUGCUUAUGACUCUCCCCUUACUCCGUCAGACCUCCACCAAGGCUGUGCAGCAUUUCUACAGCAUCAAACAGGAUGGAAAGGUCCCAAUGCACAAACUCUUCUUGGAGCUGCUGGAAGCCAAGGUCUGAGGGCUGGGACUGGAUUGAAGGACAGAUGGACGCCAGUUUGAACGACUUGAGCUUCAUGUCAAACUUUGAUCAGCAACUUUGAGUGACCUCUUGUUCUUUACAUACAGAUACUCCUAUAAUUGCAUACACAGACUCGCAAACACACACAGAUAUGUUCCUAAAGGUUGUUGGUUGACACAUCCCCCCAUAGAAUCGAUCAAAACCUUAAACCAGAACCCUAAAGCUAGUUGUUGACUAAAGAGCAUUCGCUGGAUUCUGUUUUGAUAAAGACAGGGACAGGAGGACUUAACCUUACCCAUGGCCAAUCAAAGAAGACAUGUCAUAACAGGUACUUAUUGACAGUUAUAUAACAAUUACCACAUAAAUCCAGAUUAUGACAGAACACCUAUGUAUCAAGUAACACUUAAAAUAUUAAUGAAAAACAGUUGAGGACACAUAAUAGACAAUAAAACUCUCCAUGAUAGUUCUGAAAGACUCUAAGACUGUACUUCCAUUUCCUUUCCCUGCGCCUAUUUGAUCUAAAAUAAUUUUUUUAAAGUUCAAGAAGAACUGAAUGGGAAAAAAAAUCAACACUUAGAAAAUAUUAUUGACAUUUGUUGUAAGUGUACAUGUACAGAGAGGUUUGGAUGGAUGGACUUAAAGAAAAGAAUAGGAGAUUUCCCUGUCAAAGAAUGGAACCACCCAUUCAGAGGAUGCCAGCAAACUUUACAGUCAUAACCCUAUUCUGUUUUGGUUUUAAGUGGUUUCCAAUCCUGGGCCUAAAAAGGAAUGGUUUUUCUCUGUUCUAUCUGUUAAUCCCAUAGUUGUUUCUGGAUUCGAGCACCUAGGACCAGAAGUGGACACAACCACUGUAACCAUUUUCCGGUUGACCUGGUUUUCCUUUUUUUCAACAACACCCGAGUAUUUCUGUUUCAUGAAGACCAUUGACUGGUCAAACAAACCAAAAGGUCCAGUGGUGUUUGUACUGCAGACAACCUAAAAAUUAAUUAAAAAAAGGGCAGCUAGGCAACACUAUUGUCUGUUGGUCUGCAAGACUGCAUUUGGGUCUAAACACUUGAGUUGUGUUGAUAUUCAAUAACAUUAUCAGACUGCUGAAUCAAGACUGUCUUCCUAAAAAAACUUUCAAAUAGUUCAAAUACUAUUUGGAGUUAUACACUUUGUCAUUCCCUUCUCUUGUGUUUGGAUAUCUGUUUGAAACAUUACCUUUACCUGUUUAGCAGCCAGGGUUGCAGUUCUCCACAUCAGUUUUACUCUCGGUGUGCCAUCAGAAAUGGUCUGGCCCAAGAUCACCUUCCAGACUCCAAAGUCUCACCUCACUACUACUCUCGUCGCCCUAAAGUGUUCACAACUUUCAGCUCAUUUCUUGCGGCAGUGCAGAGAGUUUUUUGUGACUCACUCAGGAAAUGUAGCAGGAGAUUCAGUCACUGGACAAAAACAAAUCAGAAGGAAAGGUUUGCUUACUAAACUAACUUAAGAACAACUGUUGUUGCUUUAAAAUUCCUUGUUUUUUUUUAUUAUUUUCACCUAAAAAAUAAUCAUAAUGAUAAUACCAAUUUAAGUGUUGUAAAUAUUUUUCAUCCUGUAUAUGACAUAACCCAGCUUUGGUUUAGAAUUUAAAAUGGUCUUCUUACAACUGAAAAGCUCAAUGUUUUUUAUUUCUUUCCAUUAGCCUAACCACUUUCAGCAUUAUCACAUAUAUGUAACAAAUAUCACAAGUAAUAAUCUAUUAACAAAUCAGUUUGUCUUAAAAACUCGAGAAAUAGCGCUUUAUAAUGAAGGUAUUUGGACAGAGCCUGCAUUAAUAGCAUUUUGUGCCAGUCUUAAAUUUGGGAAAGGAUUUUUUUCAAAGAACAAAAUGCUGCUUCUUUUGCUCUAUGCAUAACUUAUUACAAGCUGUUGGAAGACACUCAAUACUAAAUUUGGUAAAGACUGUUAGUCACCGGCAAUAUGGACCUCCUGAAGUUUAAAGUCACUACAUUUACUCUUCUUGUGGAUCUUUGUGGAUAAAUUUGAUCAGAAUUAGCCAAAGGAGUUUGUUUGAAACUAACAAAAAAUAUAUCCAGUUUAUCAACUUGCCCAAUAAGAGCAUUUCUUUGGGAUCAGCUGAGAAACUAAAUCAAAGUUUGUAGAAGUGAUGGUUCUUGCAAAAACAAAGCAUCAGCCUGAAUGCCAUAUUCAUGUCCAAUUCCUGUCCGCUUGAUUUCAUUGACUAUGUCUAAUCGCUGGAGGGGCCGGGGGGGCUCUUUUGUGUUUUAAAGCUUCUAGUUUAUCAUAUUAGAUGCUCCUAAAUAUCCUGCUUAGAUAAAAAAUUUAAACCUCAUUUGAAGCAUAAUUGCACAAUGGUUUUCAAUGAUUAAUAUGUUAAACUAAAAACAAAAUGCAACAAAAACAAUGUUUUCAGAGGUCAUGAAUAUGGUGAAACAUGAAGACUUUGAUACAGACCAUUUUGCCAUUGGAAAGUAGAUUUCCUUGGCUUUAUUUUCGAAUUGGAAUAAAUGCUAGUUAGUUUCUUUCUUGUUAUUGAAUAGUUACAGUUUCCUAUUAAAAUGCUAAAAUUCCAUUUCAUUAACCAUCAAAAAGAGGGAAGAUGCUUGCAGACAAAAGGGGAGCAAAGAGUUUAUCAAAAGCAUUUUUACUAAUAUUCAUUAACACGCCUCCUGUCUGGCUAACUACAUAAUUAGCUUGUGACUCAUCCUUUAAAUCUGCCUCAUUAGCUUGUGUAUAAACUGGACAGUUAAGGCCUUUGCAAAUAGUAAUUUAAGACGUGACUUUAUCUAACUAAGCUAAACUGGAGCUUUAAAUGGCUUAAAAUGAGGACUACAUUUUUAUCACUGUAAUCCUGGUGUAUUUUGUUUACUGUAAAGAACAUAUUUCUUGUUUAAAUUCACAUAGUUUCUCUAGAAGAAAGAAUUGGAAAAGCUAGGGUGAAAGACGUUGGGUUUAUAAUAAACUGAGAUAAAAAACAGUCUUUUAUUUCACAGUUGGAACAUGAUGCAUAUGGUGUGGCUAACUGAUCACAGUUUUAACAGGUAGACAGUGGACAUUUACUUAGGAUUUGUUUUGCUAUAUGUAAAUUUUAAAGCCAAAUAAGAAUGCCAAAAUAUGUAUUGUAGAUGACACUAUAAUCUAAUAUAAAAUGGCAACAUUUCACAGCUGAGGAGCGCAGCAGUUUAAGUGUAUUUGACCUCUAACAACACAUCUCCUGUAUCAAUGAUCAGUAUGUUUAGUAAAGGGGAUUUCCUCAACCUUCUUUAACCCUGCUGUAUAUUGUAAAUUAUGCAGAUUAUAAUUCUAGCAUUAUACAUUUUAUUGUUAAAAAAAAUCUGAAAAAAACAAAAACAAGAAAAAAUGUAGUUCAGCUUGUGUGUUUCAUGUUUGCUGUUUUUUCUUUCAAGAAAAAGAGCUUUCUCUUUGAUUUUAUCAGUUUUCAUUUGUAAGUCGCCUCUGAUUUUACUCUUUCCUUCUCUGUUGAGUCUUCUUAAGGCGUUGCUGUGUACUUUAUCUUGUGGUGAUUUGUGCCGUGUGCUUCUUCUUUAGACAACAGAGUAGAGUAGAGGCCAUGUUGCUUGUCUUUCUGUCAAUCAGUCCUUUGGGGUCUGGGCACUGGAGUUGCUCAUAAUGAACCAAACAUGACAUAAGGCUCUUUAACUAGGCUACCAGGAUAAAAUUACAGCAUUCAUCUCUACCAAACUAUACAUAAUUAAAUAUCAAGUAUCUAAAUGAAGAAACACGUUAACAAAUAUUUAAAAAACUGAUAAUUUGUGUAACAUUAAUGUAGAAUAAAAUAUCAUGUAUAUCUUUAGGAAAAUAAAGCUGAAAUAAAAGGACAUUUGAGUAAUUCAUUGGUGAUACUUUUUUGAUAAACUCACUGUACAUAUCUGCCCUCUAAACCUCAGCUCAGUCAUUAUUUUUGCUGUUUCCAAGGAAACUAAAUAGCAAAAAACCAACAAAAGUAUUCUGGAUGGUUUUUUUUACUAAUAAAGAAAAUCAUUUAUCUUCUCCAAACUUCUAAUCAUAUUGUGGCAAAACAUGGUACAGCCCAAUAAGAUUAAACUGCAAAAGUACAUUUAGUACAAGUACAAAAUUACACCAUCACCAACAUUAUCAUAUGUUGUUUAAGAAAGUAAAUUUUGCAAAACGCAAACAAAAGAUUUGUAAGUCAAUUUCUAAAAUAAGAGUUGAUUUUCCUGCUUUGGCUGUAAAUUAUAAUAUGCCUGAUCAGUGUCCCUUCUCAGGCAAAUUGUGUUAAAUACUGUCCACUGUACAUUACUCCACACAAAGCGUAUGAAAGAAUGGUGCUCUCCGCUGACUGUUCUUUGUCUUUUGUUACUGUUUUUAUUUAUUUGUCAAUUGUCUAACCAGCCCUGUGAACUCCUGACCUAUUCAACACACAGAAGGGGGUUUAAACUCUCUCCGAUGUGAUUGACACUGAACUGAAUCUGUUUGCGUGUCACUGGAAAUGGUUUACACAGGUGACACUUAUUCUGGCCAAGGCCAUUUCAGAGGACUGAAAAAAUUGUUUGUCUGAAGUCAGAUGCUCCCCUGAUCUAACUUAAAUCCACAAUCUUUGUGGAGGGGAGCAUUUACCUUUUGCACUUUGUUUUCUUGGUAGGAAUAUUCUGAAGACAAUGUAAGAUGAUGAAGCAGAUGUUGCACAUUUUUUGUGUUACAUUGUAGAGCCAAAUGGUGAUAUUUCUUUUAUUAUGAUUCUGCUUUUAGAAUGAAUUAAUUAAUUACAUUAAUAACAGCCACCAAAACUGGUAUUUCCACAAAGAGCAGUGGAAGAUGCACUAUCAAGUUUUAUGGUGGGCUUCUGAUACCAAUAUUUUGACCAGUUUGCACUUCAGGCAACUUCUUAUUGCCAUCAUUUGACACUUAGACCCACAUGCAAAUACUCCAUUUGAGAAGAGUUUAACUGAAACAAAGGGAAAACUGAUUGAUCCACGGUGGCAAACGAGGACUGACUGUCCCUCACGGCUCCACCUAACAGAGACCAAAAUGUAGUUACCUACAGCUCUACAAUAUUUGUAAUUUAGUUAUAAUUAAUCCCAAAAUGUAACUGCCACUUUACUGCAGCCUAUUUCCAGUCUAAAUUAGCAAAUGUGGGAAUAUUUAAGGGAGAGGAACUUUGGGGAAAAAAUAGAUGCGCAAGGAUAACAAGGCGCUUGAGUGGUGGAGAAGAAUUCCUGACGCAAGAAGACCUUCUAGUAUUAUUGAAAACAUGUCCGUAGAUUUUAGAUGUGCUUCACAUCAAUAAGAAGGGGAAAAAAAAGAAAAAAAAGUAACCUGUAUAUUUUUGUGAUGUGUAUCAUACAAGUGUGCUCCAACAAUAAUGUCCAUUUGUGUAAAUGUAUUUAUUUCACAUUGUAUAUAUUGUUCAUUGAAAAAAGAGAGACCUAUGAUUCUGUAACUUAAACUAUUAUGGGUUAAAACAUUACAUGUGUUACUCCAAACUAUGCCUUUCAGGAUUAUUACUGUAGAGCAAUAUCAAUUAAAACCAGGCUUCCAGUUUUGAAAUCAA